AUUCGACAAAACGGACACCAGUACCAUCGAUUAUUAAGCGCUAGGUGUCGAUGUCUUGUUGUUAAGAUAAACCAAUUUAAAUUGGAGAGAGAGAGCGUUUGACACUGCCUGGAAAAAGCUGUCCUUUUGUAUUUUGGUGGUAGAUGCACAAUGGAUCUGCUAAACUCCAAGGCUGAAUCAUGGCUUAUUCUCUAAGUUGCACUGCCCGCUAGGGUGGUUUCUGAUACAGAGGCCAAUAUGCUCACAUGGGUCUGAAUCAGAUCUCUGUGUGUUCCUGGUCGUAAGUACCUGUUAGCGGAAGUUUUCUUUCUUCUAUAUAAAGCUGAGCCAAGAUUACGAGUCACAAGCAAGCCUAGAGCCUUUCUUAAUUACAGUCCUUCGACAACUGAUUUCCAUUGAAAUGGCUUCUAAAACUGUUGCAACGGGCGCUAUCCUCCUUGUCAACCUCCUCUUCUUCACCAUGGUGAGCUCGACUCACGUUCCCUGCCCACCUCCGCCUCCAAAGACACCCAAGCCAUCCCCGGCUGCUGCCACUUGCCCGAAGGACACACUCAAGCUUGGGGUGUGCGCCAACUUGCUGAACGACUUGUUGCACCUAGUUGUGGGGACCCCACCAAAGACUCCUUGCUGCAGUCUCAUCGAAGGGCUCGCUGACCUUGAGGCCGCGGUCUGCCUCUGCACUGCCAUCAAGGCCAACAUCUUGGGGAUCAACCUUAACGUCCCCGUUUCUCUGAGCUUGCUCCUGAACUACUGUGGGAAGGGUGUCCCAGAAGGCUUCCAAUGUGCUUAGAGCACAUCGUUCUCACUCCCACCACUUUGAUUUUCCUUCUUUUCUUCAGUUGGGUCUGAUCAUUGUUUUGUUCAUUCUUGUCCAUCUUGAUUGGAAUUAAAUUGUGGCCUUCUUCAGCAGCUGGUUGAUUUGUUGGUCAAAAUGUAAUGUGAUUACAUCAGUCAAUACAACCUCAA